AUGACUUCCCAAGAGAAGACAGAAGAGUAUCCUUUUGUGGACAUAUUUAAUGAAGAUGAAGCUGAAAAAAACUUUUUAUUGUCCAAACCUGUUUGCUUUAUUAUAUUUGGAAAGCCAGGGAUUGGUAAAACAAUAUUAGCCCGUCUGAUAGCACAGGCAUGGAAAUGCAUUCGUGUUGAAGCUUUACCGGUUUUGGAGGAACAAAUUGCUACUGGAACCCAAACAGGAGCAAUGUUGCAAGCUUUGCUGAUCAGUGGUCAAAGUGUCCCAGAUGAACUUAUCAUAAAGCUAAUGUUGGACAAGCUCCAGUCCCCGGAAGUCUCUCACUUUGGUUAUAUUAUCACUGAAAUUCCAUCAUUUUCGCAAGAAGUCAUUACUACUUUAGAUCAAUUAGAAUUAAUUAAGAACUUAAACCUGAAACCUGAUAUUAUUAUCAAUAUUAAGUGCCCUGACUUCGAUUUAUGCCAAAGAAUUUCUGGGCAAAGACAGCACAGUAGUACCGGGUACAUAUACCCGAGAGAUCAGUGGGAUCCUGAAAUCAUUGAAAGUCGCAGGAAAAAGAAGAAGGAAACCCAAAAAGAGGGGAAAGGAGAAGAGGAAGGAGAAGAGGAAGAAGAACAAGAAGAAGAAGAGGCGUUUAUUGCCGAGAUGCAGAUGGUGGCUGAAAUUCUUCAACAUCUAGUUCAGAGGCCUGAAGAUUACUUGGAAAAUAUCGAAAACCUUAUUAAACUUUAUAAGGAACUGAUACUCCAUCCUAUCGAAGAAAUGAUGGCUGAACACAAUUCCCAGUAUCUCAUUGAGCUGGAUGGAAAUAAACCACCAGAGGAGCUUUUUCUGAUGGUGAUGGAGCGACUUAAAUAUUUGAACCUGAGACGAGCAGCUGUUUUAACUAAACUUCAGAGUGCAGAGGAAGAAAUUAAUGAUGUAAUGGAAAAUGAUGAGCUGUUCCGUACUCUUGCAUCUUAUAAAUUAAUUGCACCAAGAUAUAGAUGGCAUAGAAGCAGAUGGGGCCGUACAUGUCCUGUGACUUUAAAGGAAGGUAACAUUUCUUCAGGAGUACCAGAUUGUUCUGUGAGUUUUCUAGGUAAAAUGUACUGUCUUUCAUCAGAAGAAGCAUUAAAAACAUUUUCAUUGAAUCCGCGUCCCUAUCUACUUCCACCUAUGCCAGUGCCACCAUGUAAAGUAUUCAUAUUUGGACCUCAGUCUUCAGGGAAAACAACACUUAGCAGUUUGCUUGCUGAAAAGUAUAAAGGAAAGGUUGUUGACUAUGCCAAACUUGUUCAACCACGUUUUGAUCAAGCCCUUGAAAAAUUAAUUGGAAAUAAUAUAGCUGAAAUCACGGAAACAUCCAUUAAAGUUGUACAAGAAAAACUUCUUGUAGAACUACAAAAUAAAAGACAAGCUGCUUACCUUUUAAGAGAAUUUCAACAAGAAUUUGAAACAAAGGAGCAUGAAGACCUCCAAGUGGAAGCAUUUAAAAGCCUAGACAAAUUUCCUGCUUCUGUUGAUGGAGAUGACAGUCAAGAACCCCUAAGACAGAGCUCUCUAGAAGACACUGAAGGAGUCAAAAUGAAGUCAGAAAAAGGUUCACAUAAUCAAAGGGUCAAAAGUGAUAAAGAAGGAAAUACAUUAAACUGUUUGUUGUUUUAUAAAACACAACAGCGCUUUCAGACUGUAAAAGAGAAAUGUGAUGGGACUGCAGGCGGCUGUAGCCGCAAUAGCAGGUUGGAGCCAACGCGCAGACCCCGCUGGCAGCCCCAGCAGCAGCCGCCUAGCGAGCCGACGCCCCCGCCCGGGACUGCUAUCAAGGAAGAAAAUCACGCCUCAGACAUUCCACAGCUACCUAGAGGACCUAUCAUCAACUACCGCUGGGAGCUUGAAGAACGGAAGCCCAACCCUCUGAGAGAAGCUAACUUCCAAAAACUGUCACUUGGCACUCAUGUGAAGAUCUUGCACCACCUCUGUGAUUAUCAACUAGAUGCAUAUGAUGUCUUCGAUCUUCUCAAGGGUCUGGAUGCAGAUAGUCUUCGAGUGGAACCUCUGAGUGAAGACAAUUCUGGGGCACUCUAUUGGUAUUUCUAUGGGACACGAAUGUAUAAAGAGGACCCUGUACAAGGAAAAUCCAAUGGAGAACUCUCUUUGAGCAAGGAAACUUCCAUAGAAGACUUAGUAGAAGAGGUAACUGCAAACCAUCCAGAGGUUGUUGCCAUGGUUGAGGAAGCUAUACAAAUGACAAAGAAUAUGAACUUUGAACAUCCAUAUGAAAAGCAUGCUGAAAUUUUAGAGGAAGUCCUUAAAGAGGUAACAAAAGAAAACAAAAACAGGUUUCCUGGUGCUCAAAAACAUGGAGGAUGGAUUGUGGAUAACUGCCCUUUGACAAGGGAUCUGUGGUUAGCCUUAGUCGAGAAAGGAAUUUUACCGGAUUUAAUCAUCUUUCUAUCAGAUUCGGAAACCCAUGAAAAUUUAAAUUAUAAUUUGUCCACUGGGAUUCCUGCUUCUCAAAGUGGUAAAGAUCAAGACUAUUCAGAAAAAGCUGCAGAAGAAGCAUUGGAAAUGGAAGAAGAAAACCGGAGGAUGUUGGAAGCUAUGAAUAUGAAAGCUAAAGCGGCUGAAGAGGCUGAACAAGAGGCUGAAGAAGAGCUUGAUACUGAGGGGUCGGAAUUUCCUGAAGGGUCUGAGGCACCUGAGAUAUCUGAAGAAGCCAGAGCAUCAUUAUUACCUGAGGAGUCUGACGUGUUGUCUGAGAUCCCUGAAACAGAACCUGAAUCAGUACCUGAGCCUAUUGAGGAUACUACAGUUGAAGCUGAAAUUCCAAAAGACUCCAAAGAGGGCCUGGAAACUGAAAAAUUAUCUGAAACAGUUAUGCUGCCUGAGUAUCCAGAAGACGCGUAUCCUGAGGUCCCUGAAAUGGAGCCACUUAAAGAGAAAAUUAAGCAGUACGUCCUCUCCUGGAAACAGCUGGAAGCAACACUCAAUGAUUUAACUUUUAUUCAAAUUUUAAACUUGGAGAUUGCUGGCAAAACUCCAGAGGAACUACUCCAGAAAGUAGUUGAAACUAUGGAAAAACCCUUUAAAUAUACUGGAUGGGAGUUAGUUAUGGAAGAUUAUGAUGAAGAAACCGAAGACUACCAGGCUGAAGCAGAAGUUGAUGAGGAGCUUGAAGAAGAAGAAGAGGAAGAAGAGGAGAAUGAAGAUAGAAUUAAAGAAAAGAAGAGGCAUUUGGGAGACACAAAACACUUUUGUCCAGUGGUUCUCAAAGAAAACUUCAUCCUACAACCAGGUAACACAGACGAAGCAGCUAAAUAUCGAGAAAAGAUCUACUACUUCUCAAGUGGUGAGGCAAAAGAAAAGUUUUUGGAGAAUCCUGAGGAGUACGUGGCUCAUGAUGAACCUCUAAAGGCUCCACCAUUAAGACUAUGUCUUCUGGGCCCCCAUGGCUCUGGCACAACUAUCUGUGGACGUCAUCUAGCAGAAGAUUUGGGCAUUUUUCACAUUCAGUUUGAAGAAGUCCUUCAAGAAAAAUUAAUGUUCAAAACUGAAAAAAAAGCUGGACCUGAAUUUGAGGAAGACUCUGAGGAUGAGCUAGCUGCAAAGCAAGAAAUUGAAGAGCUUGCAAUUCAAGCCAAUAUUACAAUUGAGGAAGAAAAUACCAUGAAGCAGGUACCUACAGAAAUACAACUUACAGAAGAAGAAGAAGCAAUCAGAUUAAAUCUAACAGACAAUGAGCCACUGCCUCCAGAAAUUCUUGAAGGAAUUCUUUCUGAGUGGUGGCUUAAGGAACCAAUAUGUUCCACAGGUUUUAUACUGGAUGGUUUCCCACGAUACCCUGAGGAGGCCCAGUUUCUGGGUGAGCGUGGAUUUUUCCCAGAUGCUGCUGUUUUUAUACAAGUUGAUGAUCAAGAUAUUUCUGAACGACUUCUUCCUUCUCAAAUUGAUAAGUGGAAACUUAAACAAAAGAGGAAAUCAGACAGGAAAAAACUCAUCAAAGAUAUGAAGACAAAAAUAAGGGAUGAGUUGAUUGCUAAAAGAAGGGCUGAACUUUUAUCAGAAAGAGAGAAAAAAAAGAAAGGGGAGGUAAUCAGAGAUGAAGAUAUCAUUAGUGAGGAAGAGCCUGAAGAAGAGGAAUAUGAUAAUAUUGACAACAUUCUUGAAGAAGAGUUUCCAAAAGAAGAGGAAGAGAUGAGUGAGGAAGAUGAAGAACAGGAAACCGAUGCCAUUGAACGUCUGAGAAAUGAACUGGUAGAAAAAUUUGAAGCAGAUAUGAGUAAUUUACAAAUAAUACAGGACGAGUUUGAGAAGUUUUGGAUACCCAUCAUAAGCAUUAAUGGAGCUCGGAAACCUCGCAUUGUACAAUACAUGUUGAAUACCAAAGUGAAACCUCUGGUGGAAAACCGGGCCAGCAUUUUUGAGAAAUGUUACCCGAUUACACCACACCUAGCCCAGAAAAUGCUCAGCUUUACCUACAAAUAUCUGAGCUCAUUUGGAUACUGGGACCCUGUAAAGCUAAGUGAAGGUGAGACAAUCAAGCCAGUUGAAACUCCAGAAAAUCCAAGUUAUCCUGUAAUCCAUCGUCAGUAUAUUUACUUUUUAUCUAAUAAGGAAAGCAAAGAAAAAUUCAUGAAGAACCCAAUCAAAUAUAUCCGCCAGCCAAAACCGAAGCCGACAAUGCCCAUUAGAAUUGCAAUUGUGGGGCCUCCAAAAUCUGGGAAGACUACAGUUGCCAAAAAAAUUGCGAGUGAAUAUGGCUUAAAGCACUUAUCAAUAGGAGAAGCUCUCCGCUAUGUAUUAACCAACCAGCCAGAAACAGAACUGGCACUUAUGUUAAACUGGCAUCUUUAUAAAGGACUGACGGCACCCGAUGAACUGGCUAUUCAAGCCUUAGAAGUCUGUCUAAUGGACAGUGUGUGCAAUACUGCCGGUGUUGUCAUCGAUGGAUACCCCAUAACUAAAUCUCAAAUGAGUCUCCUGGAAGCCAGGACCAUCAUUCCCAUGGUCAUCUUUGAGUUGGAUGUGCCUUCCAAAGAGAUUUUCAGAAGAUUGUUCCUGGAAAAAAAAGGGCAGCAGAGUUUUCCUUAUCCAUUGCACAACAGUGCACAAAUCACAGCUGUCAAGAAUUCAAAGUACCGAAAAAUUAUUGGUGAGAUUAAGCAAUAUUAUCAAGAACAGCAUCAGAACUGGUAUGUGAUAGAUGGAUUUCACAGCAAAUGGUGGGUAUGGAAUGAAGUCAUUAAGAACAUCCAAAUGGUGAAUAAAUAUAUCCAGACAUACCUAGAAAGAAUAAAAUCAGGGAAAGCUGCCUGCAUUGACAAGUUAUGUAUCACACCUCAAGAACUGAUUUCUCACCUUGGAGAAUUUGGGGAGUUCUGUCCUGUCAGCCUAGCCGAAGCAUAUGAAUUGUUUGAUUGCUCUGUAAUGAAUUCCUUGGAAUUUGCAGCAGAGUUCAGGGGACACUAUUAUAAAAUGAAUUCUUUGGAAAAACUAAAUAAAUUCUUGGAGAACCCAGAACAGUACGUGCCUCCGUUAGCACCCUAUCCACUCCCAUCUGCCGACAUGAUUCCCAAAAGGCUGACACUAUCAGAGCUGAAGUGUCGUUUCCCUAAGUGUGCAGAGCUCCAAGGAUACUGCCCAGUGACCUACCAAGAUGGAAAGCAAAGAUAUGAAGCUCUAAUCCCUGGGAACAUUAACUAUGCUUUAGAAUAUCAGGAUCGUAUAUAUAUUUGUGAGACUGAAGAAAAACUGCAGAAAUUUUUCAGGUCACCAUUGAAAUAUUGGAAUCAGACACUUCCACACAAACUUCCCCCAUUAAAGGAACCACUACUUCUUACUAGCCUUCCUUUGCCUGGAUACCUGGAGCAGGGUGUUGCCACUUCUUUAAUCAAAGCAAUGAAUGCAGCAGGAUGCCUGAAACCUAAAUUCCCCUUCUUAAGUGUAAGAAGAUCUGUGCUGUUGUUUAUAGCAUUUCAUCUAAAAGCAUUUAAUCCAAAAGGUUCUGAAUAUACCCGAAAAAAAUAUAAGAAGAAGAUGGACCAGUUUGUAGAGCGAUGUGAACUCAUAACAUACCUGGGUACUAAGAUGACCAAAAAAUACAAGGAACCUCAAUACAGAGCCAUUGACUUCGAUCAUAAAUUACAGACCUUUCUCUCUCUCAGAAAUAUAGACCCAGUUAAUGGAUAGUUUGAUAACUGAGCUGCAAUAUGAGCCUCUAGAGUCAUCCCAAAGAAAGAACUGGAAGUAGACUGAAAAUCUGGCCAUCU